AUGUCUCGUUCUAGCCCUUGCCUCGUGCUCCUAACCCCUGCACUGCGCUCCCCGCUCCCCGCUCCACCAUCAAGCACGUUGCUGCCAGGAUCGCCCAUAGCGAGUACGAGAGGUAUCCCUAAUUACCCUGAUGAGACGGCGCUGUUUGCGACUCGCUGGAAUGUCAUUGUGGCAGCUGUAAAUGCUGUCAGUGCCACAGGUGUUGCACCUGCGCAGUUGCGCAGCUUCAUGUCCCACGAGCUGCCGUAUGCAACAGCGUCACGGAAGAGGCCGAGCUGCUUGCUCGGUCAUGCAGGUGGCGCAGACUAUCAAUCAGGACGGUAUCUUGCAGUGAAAAUUGAUAUAACAUCGAUGCACCAUCUGUACCAUCUGCAAGAUGGAUAUGGACGGGCUCAAACACAAAAGUUCUCCCCUGCAAGACAACAAAAACAGCCCGGAUCUAAACUUCAAUGCUACCGAGUCCUGACCUUCACACUGCGAACCAGGACUCCAGCCACUGCGCCAGGACCCCGGCACUCCCACGGAGGAUCUGUGCCAGAUCUCGCCGAUACAAUGAUGCAUUUAGUACAUUCAAUGACUGAGGCGGAGGGCGCCGAGGGUGCAUACGCGGCGACACAUGCCGAGGAUGAGGAGCGGGCACCGGGAUUACCGACAGAAUAUGAUCUUGUUGUCUUGUGUAAAAAACAUCAAAUUUAUUGUCCUCGGAAGUCAUAUGACCUUGUCGAAUGA